CCAUUUUAUAAUUUACCCAAUCAUAAAAAUUCCAAAAUAUUUUAAUAUUUUUAAUUUAAUACCUCGAAACAAUAUAUUGCAUUAAAAUGAAUGCUCUUGAACAACUAAAGCAACACACUAUCGUUGUUGCUGAUACUGGAGAUAUUGAAAAAAUUAAGCAAUUCAAACCACAAGAUGCUACAACUAAUCCAUCUUUGUUGCUUGCAGCUAUAGAAAAUAAAAAUUAUCAGCAUUUACUUGAUGAUGCUAUUCAAUAUGCUAAGCAAAGUUCAAAAAACAUUGAUGAACAAGUUGAAUUGGGAAUGGAAAAAUUGUAUAUAAAUUUUGGAAAAGAAAUUUUAAAAAUUAUACCAGGAAGAGUUUCAACUGAAGUUGAUGCUAGGUUAUCUUUUGACAAAGAGGGCCAAAUAGCAAAAGCUAUUAGGCUUAUCAAAUUGUACGAAUCUCAAGGUGUUGAUAAGGAAAGAAUCUUGAUCAAACUAUCUUCUACUUGGGAAGGCAUCCAAGCAGCCAAGGUUCUUGAGUCAGAACACGGAAUUCAUUGCAACAUGACACUCUUGUUUUCGUUUGCCCAAGCAGUAGCAUGCGCGGAAGCGGGCGUUACUCUGAUUUCCCCUUUUGUUGGAAGGAUAUACGAUUGGUAUGUCGAAAAUACGGACCAGAAAACGUUUGAACCUAAAGAUGACCCCGGCGUGAAAAGUGUCACCAAAAUCUACAAUUACUACAAAAAAUUUGGUUACAAAACUGUAAUUAUGGGGGCUUCGUUCCGUAAUAUACAACAGAUAGAACAACUUUGUGGUUGCGAUUUACUAACUAUCAGCCCUAAACUCUUGGCCGAGCUAGCGGAGAAGAAGGACAAACUAGAAUUAUAUUUGGAUCCUAACAAAGGCAAACUUGACCAGAACAUUCGUAAAUUUGAGCGGGCCAUGGACGAGAAAACCUUUCGAUUCGAGCACAACCAAGACAGGAUGGCUGUAGAGAAGCUCAGCGAUGGCAUUAGGAAAUUUUACGCUGACGCUCAAACCACUAAAAAAACUCUGAGAGGAAAAAUUGAAGCUGCUUAAUUGAAGAAGGGAGGGGAGAAUUUUUCAUUUAAAAUUAUAAGUCAAAAUGGAAAAAAUAUUUUCAGCCAUCUCUUUUCUUUUUAAAUAUUCAUUUUUGAUUAUUUGUUUGUUUUGAAUGUGUCUCAAAUUUUACAUUUAAAAUUUCCAAGGCUAAAAACAUGUACAACUUUUUUUUAAAUAUAAUUUUAAAUAAUAAGUUUAGAUGAACAAAUUUUUUUGAAUAAGAAAUAAAUCAUUUAUUUUUUUUAUAGUAUGUAUAUAUUUUUUUUAUUAAUUUAAUUAACCUUAACCCGUCCAUUAUUUCAUUUAGCAUUAUAAAAUUUUACAUAUUUUUAGUUUUUAUAUACAAAAAAAUUUAUAUAUAAUUAUUUAGACAAAUUUUUUUUUAACCUCAAAAAGGUUUUGACCUAAAUAAUCAAACAUUUUAGAUAAUAUUAUAAUCGAUUACGAUACAAUUAUAAUGUA